CCCAGUGGUAGGCACGUAGUAAACAAACCAAAGUAACCCGAAAGGUGUGAUUAGCUGGAAGGAGUGCCGGGUAUGGUCAGUCGUGUGGACCAGAUUUACCGAAGCAUCCUCCUCAGCAAGUUCUUUGUACGUGGCUGGGGGAAACCAGAAAACUUGCGGAGAAUCUUCGCUUUCCGAAAGAUCCUCUCAAAUCGUGAAAAAUGUCAGCAUCUUGUAGAUAAAAAUCAUCCCGUAACAGUAACAAAGGAAACUGACAAUGGGGACCACAUCCUUCUGGAGGCAGAGUUUGUGUCCCCAUUUGUGGAGCACCUGCCCGGCCUCCUUCCCAAGGAGUCAGAGAAAGCUGCCUUUCAGUUUGUCUACCCCAAAACAUGGCGCACCCACCUGAAGCCCACGUGCCUACACCUCGCAGGCACUGGAGAUCAUGGGUUUUGGCGAAGGAGAAUGCUAAUGGCAAAACCGCUGCUUGAAGAGUCAGGCAUCGCAUCAAUCAUGCUCGAAAACCCUUUUUAUGGCAUCAGGAAACCCAAAGAUCAGCUCCGCUCGAGUCUUCACAAUGUGUCUGACCUGUUUGUGAUGGGCGGCUGUUUAGUACUGGAGUCUCUAGCUAUUUUCCACUGGUGCGAACGCAUGGGUUUUGGGCCCCUUGGCAUCACAGGCAUAUCUAUGGGUGGCCAUAUGGCAUCUUUGGCAGCUACCAAUUGGCACAAACCUCUGCCGUUGAUUCCUUGCUUAUCCUGGAGUACGGCAUCAGGAGUGUUCACCCAGGGAGUGAUGAGUGGUGCCAUCAACUGGGAGAUGCUGAAGAACCAAUACUUUUCAAAUGAGGUUUUCAGAGAGGAGCUUUUCAACAUGAUACAGUCUCCUGAAGGGCUGCCUCUGGCCACAAAACAUUUUCCGGUUUACCACAAGGUUGGUCAGGAGUUUGCCCGAGACUUUCCCCAGAGCCUAUCACAUGUGGAGAAGAUCAUGCAAGAAGAUAGGGGAAGCCAGAGCAAUCCCCAUGAUUCCUCACAAACUAACAGACUAGCGCAGCACAAAGCAGAAAGAAUGGACAUGGCUUACAGACAAGCAGAAGAGAUACGUGAGUCGGACAGAAUGUACAGUAGUAUAGCAUCUGCUGGGGGAGGCUCACAAGGGCUGAGUCUGUCCCUUCCAAAGUUCAAUAUCUUGCAGAAUUUCAGCUUUUCUAAGAAGAAGGUUAGCAAGAGCCAAAGUAUAAACUCGAACAAAAACUCCAAAAACAUUCUCCUUAAGUACAAAAGCUCCAAGUCCAAGAUCUCAAAACCCGACUUCACUCCUGUCGGAAUCCGGCCCAAGAGUGCUGCACACAUGAAGACGGUGACAUUUGAGCCUUACAUGGAGGUAAAGGACACUCUUACGUGGGAAGCAGUCCAGUUCAUGCGGGGAGUCAUGGAUGAGUGCACACACUUGGGGAACUUCACUGUACCAGUUGAUCCCUCACUCAUCAUAAUUGUGGCUGCUGAGAAUGAUGGGUACAUGCCACGCGACGGCAUCAUCCCACUGACGGAAAUCUGGCCAGGGAGCGAGAUGAGGAUUCUAGAGAGUGGCCACAUCACAGGGUAUCUCUUCAACCACCAGGUGUUCAGAAAAGCAAUUAAGGACUCUUUUGAUCGAGUUACCGAGAAAUACUACAGUUGAUGCACAUCGCUCGUAGACACCAAGUUGUUAAUUUCCAUCGAAGAAAUAGAGUGAGAAACGUUGCCCACAAAUGGAUGCAUGUUUUCAGUGUAUUUAAAGUAUUUUGGAACGUGGGAGAAAUGCUCAGAAUUAUGUCUGUAUUUAGAUUUGCUUUAUUAUGAUAUUGGUGAAGUGAAACUCACCCAUUAGUGAGUGCAUACUCUCUCCUCCCUCUUUCUCCCUUUCUCUCUCUCUUCCCUCUGCUCUCCUCUUUUUCUGUGUCUCUUCCCUCCCCUCUUUUUUUCUCUCUUUCUCUUUACUUCUCUCUCUUGUUCUCUCUCUCUCUUCCUUCCCUCUUUUUUUAUCUCUCUUCGAUUCUUUCUCUUGUUCUGUCACUCUUACCUCCCUUCUCUUUUUAUCUGUACCUCACUCUUUCAUUUUCUAUGUAUUACUGUAAAAGCAUAGAAUACUAAAUUGUCAAGGAUAUCGCAAUCCUAAAGUGUUAGAAGUACCUUUUGAAGUUUUAUGUUGGUGAACUUCUGAUUUUAGCCUUAAGAUAACUAGCCCAAAGUACAGGGAGAGUAUGCAGUAUCAGUGUAAAGUUUUAAAUGUUGUUUUCUAUAUUUUUCCCUCUUAUGGUUGCUCUUUGUUUUGAAAGGGUAUGUUGGGAGCAUAUAUAGUGAUAAUAGUAGUGAUAUUACAGGUAUAUAUUUCAUUAUAUCUGAGUCAAAAUGGACUAUAUUAGUCUAGGUUUUGGUUAAUAGUUGCAGGGAAGUGUAACACUAGACCAGGGCAGAAGCAACACAUUGAAAUAGAAUUUGUUACAGAAUUGUUUUAGACUUAGAUAUAGUUUAUGAUUCAUUCAUUAUAAAAUAUGAAAGUUUAAAAGGAUUUUAGAAGACUUCCCUGGACCUGAAUGAGGUAAAAAAAAAAUAUUAAUAAUGAUAAGGAACCAUCUGUAGGGUAAUUGAUUAUAAGGUAUUUUUUAGCAUGUUCCCAGAAGGAAAAAGAAAUUUGUGUAAAGUAUAAACAUUUGUUUGAAAGUGAAAUUAAUUUCUGUACCUGUAUUAAUACAGACGUUAUUCAUAGCAGUUGCUGAUUUUCAUUUUUUCAUUUUCUUUUUCUCCUUUUUUUUUCUUCUUCUGAAUUUAGGUGCUGCAGUGGGUUGUUUCAUCAGGUUAAGUAAGUGGUAUGUUAUAUACUGAAAUCUUUAUUUUGGGUCAGUAUUUAUAUUAAUGCCAGUAGGGAAUUUCGAAACAAGAAUUACACCACUUGACAGAUCAUGUAAUUUUAAAGCUAUUAUAUCUGCAUUACUUCCAUCACAUAACAAAUGCUUGUGAAAGCAUUCCAUACAUGACUCUAAUCCGAUGAAGUUCAUUCUUGAACUCACAUUAUGGGAAUGCUUACUCCAUAGAAAUCUGAGCCUUGACACAUCUAUCUUAGCAAAGUUAUUUUUUGUGCCAUAUGAAGCCAAGGUAGGGAAUCUGGCAGUAAUAAUGACUGUGAUAGAAGUUUUAUUGGUAUAGACAAAGAGGUACUUAUAAUUGCUUGAUCUGGAACAAUGUAGUUCAUUUUUCUAUUUGGCAUUAGAAUAAACAUUUGCCUUGAAUUAUGAUUAGUAUGUGAGAGAGAAGGAUUUUGUGAUAAUUCCUUUCAAUCGACCAUUAGAUUAUAUUCUAUGGAACUUAAUGCUCGACCCUAAAAGAUGAAUAUUUAGUCUGAUGCAGAAUUUAGGAUUAGGUGGAAAGACGAAUAACUACUGUCUGUUUUUUGCGUGUGCGGAUUUUAGAAUGGACACCAUAAUGCAAAGUCACAUAAGUUCUUAAAAGUACACAUGCUAAGUCUACUUGUCUUUUCAUUCAUAUUUGCUUUAGAAGCUCCAUGAACAAGGAUCCAGACUUCACCCAAGUAGUUUUUUCGUUCAAGGUAUUUUUCUAGUUUUGCUACUUUUAUACAAGCCUGUAAAUUCUUGUGUCAUUGUUACCUUGUUUAUUGCUUAGAUAUCAAAGUGUAUGAUUUGGAGAACAGAAGAAUGAACCAUAUUCAUGUUGACAAAUGUGGAGAGGUAUGAAUGAGAACAAAUGUCUUCACAGUGCAAGAGAUGUAUCUUACCAGUUUCGAUUAUAUCUUCGUCAGAAAUACAUGUAUUUCUGACGAUAUAAUCGAAAUCGGUGAAAUAAAUCUCUUGCAUUGUUAAGACAUUCAUUCUCAUUCAUACCUUUCCACAGAACAGAAGAAAAUUUAUUUGGUGUAGAGUAUCAUUCUGUUAUGGAAAGUAUUAUAGGAUUAUAUAUAUUUUUGCUAGUGUUCCGGUAGCAGAAAAGAGUUCUGAAAUACUAAUAAUUCUUUUGUCACAAAUUCAAGUUAGAAAUAUGAUGACACAUCCUAGUUUUGACAACAGAGAAUCAUCGCUAUUAAGUUUAAAUUGGCAGUAUAAUUCAGUAGUGCCAAUUCAAUUUUUGCUUGAAUGAUUAGCUAUCACUAGUUUAGGGUAUGAAUAUUGUAAAAUCAUUGAUUAUGUAGUAAGAAUGUUUCACAGUAUAGAUAGUAGUCUUCUGUCAUUAUCAACAGAGUAGAUCAAGUGUCUGAAAUAUCCAUUAUACAAAAAUAUUCUGAAGUGCAAUUUGAAUUUACACUUGCCAGGAAAUCUUAUGUUAGUGGCAUUGAUGGGUGAUCAGUUGUUUAUAUUGUUAAAAAUUAUGUAAAAUAGAAUCCUAAUGCAUUGCUACAAUAUAUGAUUUAUUAAUGCAGUUCAGUUUAUUGCAAUUAACUAUGCUAAAAGAUCAUGUAGAAAACUUUUCAUGUUUGAAUGAAAAGGAAAGCAUUGUUAUUUGUCUUUUGUUUUAUUGUUUUUAAAGAAUACAAUACAAAUGUAAUACAAAAGUACAGAAAGUUAAGCAGGUUGUUCCUACAACUAUCAGGGAACUAUGUGUCCAUUUCUUUGGAAUAAAAUGCUGCAUUAGUACCAGCUCUAAUCAUGUUAGUAUAAACCAUGUAGGAAGAGCCCAUUAAAAGCUGUUAUCAACUUUGGUGGAUAGGAGAUAUAUUAAGGGUUGGAGGGGGGGAGGAUAGAGUAAUACGAGGAUGUGAGAUUGUAAUAUGGAAUCUGGCGGGAACAAACACCUUUUUUUGCAGAUUAAUGCUAUAUGUUGGAGUUCCAGGUUAAUAUAGUUUCUGUAUACGGAAAUAAAGGACACACAUACUCAUGAAAAACUGCAUUUAAAACACUGCCUCCUUUAGGGGUGCAGUUUAUUACCCCCCCCCCCUCCCUUGUCUGCCACAUAGUUCUUAUCAAUUAAGUUGAUGACAGUAGUACACACAGAUACUGAUGCAUAUAAAACUGCAAUACUGUCAUUACCUAUUGUUUGUGUGGUUUUAGCCAUAAUUGAAACAAUAUACUCAAGUAAGUUGAAAUUCAAGAUAUAUUUUGUGUGUGUGUGAUUUUCUUAUAUUUGCUUAUACAUAGAUGGCAUCACAAGUUCACCAAGGAAUCAAUUAGUUGGUCUACUUGACAUCACCUGUUAUCCAAUCCCUCAGUUUUCAAGGAAACAGUUAGAUGUUAUUAUUGUUGUUAUUACUAUAAUUAUCAUUGUCAUUAUUAUAAUUGUUGUUAAUAUUAUCAAUAAUAAUGGCAAUAUGAAAUAAAUGCAAGAAUUGUUUCGAAUAUCAAGGAAAUGGGUAAAAAGUUGAGAUAAGAUAGGACUAAUAAUUCUGAAGCCGUCUAUGUGUAAGGAAAAUAUAUAAACCGAAUUCAAGGGGGACAUGGCAUAUACAUCCCCCAUCUUGGAAUCAGUGGGUUAAAUAUCAGUCAUGUAGUGUUUUCCCUUGAAGUGUUUCAAAGGCUUCAGGUGGUUGCUUUCAUGGAAUGGAUGACUGGAAUGAAAGUAUACAAAUGUUUUGAUUUAGAUAUUAGAAUGGCUCAGUUGAGGAAGUGUUAGAGCAAAUAUGGAAGAAGAUUUUCGGAAUUAUAUGUGUUGUAUUAUUAAUCAUGAUUUAUAAUAUUAUUGAUUAUGUACGUAUCAUUUUUUCAUAAUUUUCAGAGAAAAAAAACAGCAGAUAAUGUUCAUAAUGUUCUGGAAAAAAGUAAGAUUUGCUUUCAUUUUAUUAUGGCUCUUGCAAUAAUGACUUACAAAAAGUUGUUUUGUUAAACUUUUGUUAUUGUAACCCUUAUUGCUAUCUUUAGUGUGGUAAGAUUAAUAUUAUAUACUUGUAUAUCUAUGAAUGGAAUGGCUGCUUUGUACAAGGCAAUACUAAUUUCUUUGUAAAUCUGUAUAUACAUAUAUAUGUAUAUAUACACAUAAUUUAUGCAUAGAUACGAUUUAAAACAUGUCAGCUAUGUAUGUAUGAGAAUAUUAGGAAAUACCAAAUAAAGACAAAAUCCCAUUCAUAUUCAAGUUUUACCAAUCCAUUCAUAAUGAGAAGCAAACUGUACAAAGAGUAGGAUCUCUCUUUGUAAUCAUGCUGCUUUUCAGUGCAAUGCUGAUGUAUGGCCAAUUUUUGAAUGGUUACAUCCAGUUAAAGAAAGAGAAAAUCUUGAAUUAGCAAGAGUCUGUUGUUGAAUUAUAGAAGUGAUAGUUUUUUUUUUUUUUUUUUAGGUAACAGGUAUAGAUGAAGUUUUGCUAUAGAGUAAAUGAGAAGUGUUUAGAGUAUUUUGUGCUAUAACACGCAGUUAAUGUCAUAUUCUGGCUGGUUUGAUGGUGACUAAUAUUGAUUAAAAAACAUAUUUGACUUUAUUGUUACAGAGUGUAAAUGUGGUUGUUUGUCUAGACAAUAGAAAUGUUUCUAACCCUAUUGGAUCAUGAUGGUUUCUCUGUUUGGUUGUACUUGCAAGGAGUCAAAAUGCAUUUGAAGGUUUUUGUGCAUUUUCGAUUUAAUAAAGCGUGUAUUUGGAUAAUUGGCUUGUUCUGUAUUCAUUUUGUUGAUAAUGCAAGAAUAUUAUUUUGCCCUUUAGCGAGUGCCCUCUUUAUCUCCUCUAAUAACCCCCAUUUCUCUCUUUCUCUGUUUCUAUUUCUACCUUGUAUCUCCCCCUGUCCCAUUCUUCCUCUCACUCCAAUGUUUCCCUUUCUACUUCCCUCCUUCCCUCCCUCUAAAGAGAUUUCCAUGUAGCAGUUAGAAGUGUUGUAAAAUUAUAAAUAAAAAUUUUGUAUAUUUA